UUCCGGAUAAACCGCGCAAUGAGCUUCCAUUUAUAGCCGACUUUUCUUUUUCCCGUUGUCUGUUUUUUCUUUUCCUACGAACCAAACAGAAGAUUUCCGAGAGAGAGAAAAGAAAAGAAGAGAAAAUCGGCUCUCAGAGAUCUUGAUAAACAAACAAACCUCGGCCUCUCAAAACUCACCACUUGUAUUUUAAUUAUUACCAAGGUCAAGAAGAAAAGAGACCAAUCCGAUCACACCAACGCUGUAGAUAGACUUCUCCAAUUUCUUUUAUCCAUUUGCCUCGUUUCUAGCAAUAUUCAGGAAUUUCGAUUUUCUCUCAAAGAAUUUUAGGUUUUAAACAUUGUUGACCUCAAUACCCUAAUUUUCUCGGGCUAAAAAAAGAUGAUGCGAAGGCAAGACCAGCAAGACCAGCAAUCGAGGGUUUUCUACGAGCUAUCGGCUCUGGUUCUCAACCUCCUCCGAUCUCCUCCCACGCCGAUUCAGUUCUCCGAUCACUCACCGGUGGUGCCCUCCUCGUCGCCGUCUUCGUCGAGGCGGCCGCCGGCGGCGGCGACGCAGAUUUCGCCAGCGGGGUUCGCCUCGCUGAUGCUGGGGAUUUCGAUGGCUCUGAUGCUCUGUGGAUCGGUGACUUUCUUCAUUGGUUUCAUAUUGAUGCCUUGGGUUCUCGGAUUGGUUAUGGUCUUCUACGUGGCUGGCAUCGUCUCCAGCCUCUCUGUUUUGGGAAAGUCGAUUCUUUGUUACGCGUCGGCUCCGUCAUCACCGCGAAAGGAGAUUCCUGGAAUCUUGGUAUUAAAAGGUAUUGAAAGUGAUAUAUGGCGGAUAAUUAGUUGGGGAUAUAUUCUCUGAUCAAGUCAAUCCAGGAAAGAUGCUGGGAAGCAUGGAAGUUAUUGUGAAGAAGAGGAGGGUGGUUCAAGAGAGUGGAAAUGUUCAUUGAAGGAGGAUGGAGCAGCACAAAUGUCCUGGUGAGGCUGCAUAUAGCGAUGUAUAGCCGAAAUUAAUCGAGAGGGCUUCUUGAAGUGUUGAUGCAUGAACAGUAGAUAAAAUGUUUAUUAAUGUUCUACUGAAUAUGUGGAAGUGGCUUCUAAUAGUGAAUUGUUGAAGGAUGAUGUUAAAGUACUUCCAUCCAAUGAAUUCCUACUUUCGAGGAGAUGGAGGGGAUGUUGCUUGCUAAGCCUCUUUUACUUCUAUUUUGCUGUUGUUCCGUACAUAUCAUAUCUCUUGUUCUCAAAUUUGUAAAAGUUAUAUAGCUCAGCUGGUUACAUUAUUCAUUUGUGCUUUUCUUAACCAAAAUAAGAAAUGGAGUGAGGUCUAUGUCACGCUGUUAUUUUA